AAGAAACAAGGAUUGUACAAACAUAAAACUGCAGUUUACAGUACUACUGUCUAGUAGGAUCAGUACAGGUUUUAAGAAAGGGAAGGAAAUAUCUUUGAUAAAUAACAUUGUAAGAACACUCUAACUAUUUUUUUUUUUAGAUUACAUCUUUGUACCGCAGCUUCCUGUUACUGUGUUUUCUCUGACGCAAGUAAAAUUUACCAAUGAGGGAGAAAACCUCUGGAUACACUCCAUAAAAUAGACGGCAUCUACCAGUGUGAAGUGUUCAAAUUUGUAAACGCCCUAAGCUUAAAUGUUUAUAUGAAAGCAUACACUUUAAUUUUGUCGAUAAUCAGAGGGGCGUAGAAACAACAUGGCGUGAAGAUGAUGUCGAUUGAUUAUGAUUGGUCCGGAGAGCUGUCAAUCACGACCAAGGAACAAAAGCAAAAGGGUAUUUGGACUUGAAUUACCGAUUACCUAUGACAAUAAAGAAAAUAAAAGUUAAAGUUUCUGAAAAUAUAGAUACUUUAUCCUUGACUAAUAAAAGGAUAGGAUAUCAGUUCAUCUUUGAUACUGCAGAGGAUCCGAGUUUUAGACGAAAUUUGUGUACACCUGUUUAGAUUGAGCAUCGUGACAAAACUACCGGACUUUAUUUACAACACACAUAUAUCUUAUAAACCGAUUAAACAAACUAGGAGGCAACUGUAACUUCUACCAUUGGACUUUUUGCGCAGAUGUUUUCAAAGUUGUGAUUUGUCCUGGAUGCUUUUGUUUCUUGAUUUAGCAUAAACAAACGCUGGUUCAUAGUGACGUUGUACUCAAACCUUAUUUCGCCGUGUAAUCUUUGAAAAUGCAUCACCUGCCUUACUACUACUCUACGGAGCAACUAAAGUCCUACCACAACAGUGUUUUAGCGGCCGCCAGCAGCAGUCCCCCACUGUUUACUAUUGACAAUAUCCUAGCCCCGCGACCUUACCUCACUCACAGACCGACGCCCUAUUUCCCAUACGCGGGCCUUCCACAUUCCCCCCAGGAGUUCUUUGCAGCUGCUUAUAGUCCAUUUCCUGGGUUAAUGACGGCUGACUUGGCACGUGCUGGGCAAAAGCGGAAAAGACGUCACCGAACGAUAUUCACUGAGGAACAGUUGGAAGAGCUAGAAAAGACUUUCAACAAAACUCAUUACCCGGAUGUUCUUUUAAGGGAAGAAUUAGCUGUGAAAAUAGAUCUCAAAGAAGAAAGAGUCGAGGUUUGGUUCAAGAAUAGGAGAGCCAAGUGGAGAAAAGUGAAGCGUGAGGAAGAGGCAGCGAAAAGAACAGCUGAAAGCGGAAGUACAUCAGCCGACAAAGAUAAAUCUUCAAAAACGUCAGUUGAUAGUGAAUCAAAGGACACGAGUUCUGCAUUUAGUGACUGCAUGAGUGAUAGAAGUACAGACUCUCCAAGAAUAGAUAUCGAGGAAGAUGACGCCGAUCAGGUGUCCAGCAGCGCUAACGUGUUUACGUCAACAUCAACUUCCGGUUCCGUUUCUAGUCAAAGUGCUUCUACGUCACAAGAAUCGCCAUGAACAUUAGUAAAUUUACUCAGUGUUGUUGUGUCAUGUGAUUUCAAGCAGCGCAUGCUCUAAAUGCAAAUAUAAAGAAGGCGUUCCUUCAAAACCUGCUUAAAUGUUUUCCUGUAACAAUACACGUUAACAAGUGAUGAAAGGUGUAGCGUUUUACUUUCUGAUUGAAAAAGAGGAAAAAUAAAGCGCAUGAUCGGCAGAAAGCUUUCAAAGAGAAACCGUUUGGCGCCUACUUAAGCCUUGCAACUCAACCGAAUAUCAAAGGCUAUAGUGGAAAGCCUUUCUUUGAAAUAUAUUCCUGCAUGCACUUUUCUCAUCAACAGUGAUGACUUAAAAAUGAAAUGAUUCACAGUCAAUAAAAAUGAAUUUCCUAUAUUCAUGUUUUAAUUUUUGGUAAUCAUGAACCUGAAAUUGAGACUUUUACAAAUACUCUGAAGCCAUGUAGAGCUGUAGUUAUUGUAUGCCAUUAUCAUCAGAUCAGAAUGGACAUGUUUUACUUGUUCUUGUAAGUAAUAUUUAGUCUGAAACAAAAGGUUUUGUUUUAGACGUCGAACGAUCCCCACCGAUAUGUCAGCAAGCUGAAUAUGAAUCAUACAUAAACUUUGUAAAUAUUAUGUUUAUGAAAGUUGUAUUCAUGAUAGAAAUAAUAAAAGUAUAAAAUGACA